UUUUGCUAUCCGGGUUUCAUUUUUCUUCUUCCCUUCUGGUUUUAGACUUUUUCUUUUCUUUUCUCGGUUCUUAUCUCGUCGUUCCCUGCUGUCUUAGCCAAUUUGCUUAUUCUCGCUUCUGGACUUUCCAUGGUAGGUUCUCUGGGUUUCCAUUAGUUUUUCCUUCAUUUGGAUGGUUGUUUGAUGGCAAUAGUUAGCCGAAUUCAGAUGAAGGCUGUUUCAUCAAAGCUGUUGCUUUGUUCUUCUUCAUAAGUUGAGAGAUCAGAGAAGACCAGCUCGAAUGCUAAGAAGGAUUGAAUUGGAGGAAUUUUUACGAGUUUUUCAGAAUGAAGUGUUUCUUCUACUUCAAGGAUAAACCAAAAUCCAGUAAACAGAAGUCGGCUCCGGAGUUCAAAGAUAGAAGCCAACCGGACAAUUCUCAGAGGGGAGACAAAUCUGCAGGUUCAGCCGCUUCCAGGCGGACCAUUCCGGAGCUGUACGAAGAGAAGGCGCACAAUUUGAGGGUCUUCUCGUUCUCGGAGCUCAGGAACGCGACCAAUGAUUUCAACAGGAUGCUUAAGAUUGGGGAAGGCGGGUUUGGAAGUGUCUAUAAAGGCUUCAUCGGGCCUCCUGAUGGUCAGGGAGAAAAAACAGUGGUUGCUAUAAAGAAGCUCAACAGAGAAGGCUUGCAGGGUCACAAACAAUGGAUGGCAGAAGUUCAAUUUCUUGGUAUUGUCGACCACCCAAAUCUUGUAAAACUUAUAGGAUACUGUGCCAUUGAUGACGAAAGAGGGAUCCAACGACUGCUGGUGUAUGAGUUUAUGCCUAAUAAAAGCUUAGAAGAUCAUCUUUUCAGCAGGGCUUUGCCAGUUCUUCCCUGGCAAACAAGAUUACAAAUAGUCCUUGGUGCAGCUCAAGGAUUGGUCUAUCUGCAUGAAGAAUUGGAAGUUCAGGUGAUAUAUCGGGAUUUUAAAUCCUCAAAUGUGCUGUUGGAUGGGAACUUCAAGCCAAAGCUGUCGGACUUCGGACUUGCGAGGGAGGGACCAACAGGUGAACGUACUCAUGUCUCCACAGCGGUGGUUGGGACAUAUGGGUAUGCAGCUCCAGAAUAUGUUGAGACUGGCCAUCUCAGUAUUAUGAGUGACGUAUGGAGUUUUGGUGUGGUACUAUAUGAGAUCCUCACUGGAAGACGAUCCUUGGAGAGGAACCGCCCGAAAUCAGAGCAGAAGCUUCUGGAAUGGGUGAGACAGUUCCCUGCAGACAGUAGAAGGUUUAACAUGAUUAUGGACCCUCGGCUCCAAAACCAGUAUUCUCUUAGUGCAGCAAAGAUGAUUUCCAAGUUGGCAGAUAGUUGCCUUGUCAAGAAUCGAAAAGAACGUCCAAAUAUGAGUCAAGUUGUAGAGAGCUUGAAGAAAGCAAUCCAAGUUUCACAAGAGGAAAGAUCUAUUGAGAAGAAGGUUCCUCCUGGAUAUCCUCCAACUAGCCCUGUUUAUUCUGGCAAGAAACCGGCUCAAAUUGGUAGAAGGAAGUGACCCACCUAGCAAGACUAGGUGAGAAUGCAAUGUGGUUGGUAGAAGACAAUGCAGAGGAUUCAAAUGCCCUAGUUUUUUUACUCUUCUUUCUUCUUCGGCCAGUCUACUAGCUUUGCUCGCAUGGCCCAGAUUAACCAAGUGGAUCCACGAUUUUCUUAUUGGGGCAUGUAUAUCAAAUCCAUCCAGAUAUGGGAAUUUGGUUGUUACAUCUUUCGCUUGGUCUGAUGCAUUUAGUUGAUCCAGACACAGUCUCUCUGUAUUCUUCUUCUUCUCAGUGAGAACCAGUAAUGGAAUAAAGCAGCUAGCAAGAAAGAAGAGUACGUGAAGGAUAGUAACUGCACCAAACCAGUUCAGAGUCCUGCUAUGAUUGUCAAUGGACUUGUCCUCAAGCUCUUUCUUGUACUAGUACGUGCAGUGUAACAAUUUGUUUCCAUUUUAAUAAUGGGUAAAGCAACAUGCAUUGUACACAUCUUGGUUACUCGGUUUCUUAUUAUAUAGUUGAGUAAAUAAUGAAAAAA